AUGGUCGGAUUUGGCUAUGACCAUUGCUCGGAUGAUUACAAAUUGGUGAAAAUAACCCGACAUAGCAUCUAUGUAUAUUCAGUGAUAAAUGAUUCUUGGAGAAAAGUUGAAGACAUUGGUAUUCAUGUUAUGGAUCAUACGACGCAGCUGAAUGGAGCCAUUCAUUGGCUUUAUUUCCCAUUAGAUUCGGAUUCUGACUACACAUCAGAGAUUGCUGCAUUUAGUUUGGCGGAUGAGAAACUGAGGAAGAUUCCCUUGCCUACUUCCUUCACCGAUCGCCAUUGCCAACUACUGGUGUUCGAAGGAUGCCUUUGUGUACUACCAGUACCACUACAUGAUGCACUUUGGGUUAUGAAGGAAUAUGGGGUUUACAAGUCUUGGACUAAACUUGAUAUUAAAGUCCCAUUUAGAAAUACCAUGGAGCCAUUGGGUUUGUUGGGGAAUGAUGAAGCUCUAUUGUUAGAUCACACUAUCUUAGUUUUAUACAACGCAAGAGAGAGAACAUGUAGGGCUGUUACUUACCGGACAAAAAAUAUAACAUAUAGCGAUGUUGUCAAAUCUGACAUUCAUGAAAUUGAGAUUUUUCAUGCAACUAUCUACGUAGACAGCCUCGUAUCACUAUAUAGAGGCAAACAACUGGAAUUUAGGAGGAUUGAUGUGUAG